ACCCCCUUGGAGGAAAUGGCUAAGCAGUCUCAGCAGCAGCAGAUGAAAACUUCCUUCCUCUUCAUCCAGCUGCAGCCCUCCCCUACCCGAACUCCCGCCCCGUCUCCGGCACUCACAGCCCCAGCCACAACCACAGCCUCAGCAGCUGCCCGGGGAGGAGCGGUGGAGGAGCGGGGCUCCCGAAGUCCCAGGACCGAGCCCUCCGCCAGGCGAGCCCUCCGGCUCACAGGAGGGGCGGCGGGGACUCCCUUGGGUACACUGCCAGCAGAGGGCCAUGGGGCAGAGGGGGCAGCUGCACUCAGCUGCUUUUUGCUGAAGGAGGAAGAGAAGGGAAAAGCCAGAGAGCCAGUCCUGAGGAAGGCUCGCUUGUCCCAGUUCUUGCCACACCAGGCUCUGCUCCCUCAGGGACCUGGGCAGCCACAGACAUGGGCGCGUAGCCUUCCCAGUCCGGCUCCCGGGAUGAGCAAUGGGACCAGUGGCUCUCUCACACCCUGCAGUCCCUGUUCUGUCCUUCCCACUCCCCAAGCCCUGUGGAGCAUGGAUGCCCGGCCCAGGGACGCUCUGGGUCCCCCGGCCCUGCAGGCAGCUACCUGUGGCAGGGCUCCCAAGGCCACACAGGGGCUUGCGGAUGCUGCUGGAGGGUCCAUCCCACCUCCGGAGCAGCGCCAGGAGCUUCCAGCUGCAAGUCGGGGCUGCUGUGCAUCGGGGCUAAGGAAUGGUAAAAGAGGAGCCAGCACCCCUGUGUCGGCAGUAAGAGCGGAGCAACACAGGUACUGCCCCUGGGUGCAGACCAGCAGGAUUUCCCCAGCACCCCCUGCCGCCCCCCGGCUAAAGGCAGAGACAUUUGUUUGGGUUAACAACGGAUCAGCUCAUUCCAAAAGUGUUGCCAAGGCCAAGUAUGAAUUUUUAUUUGGCAGACCAGAAGAGAAAGCCCCAGAAACUAGUGAUCAUGGAGGAAGCACUUUACUCCCACCCAACGUCACCAAUGAAUUUACAGAAUAUGGGACUAUGGAAGAAAGGGGAGAAGUCCUCAGAGCUUCACUUGAAUUUGAUGCAGAGAGUGAGCCUUGCUGCUCCCAGGGGCGGGAGCAGGGCCAGCUCUUGGUUGGCCCCCGGUUUGGUCUCGAUGGCCCAACUGGAGGGGGACUGAAUCAUGAAAGGGAAGCCUCCUCCCGUAGGCAUCUUAAGGACCCAAGCUUGCCACAGCCCCCAGGCCCCCGGGUCCCCACGCCCAACACCGCAGAGGCUAGCUCGGCUUCGGGAGGACUGCAAGCACCAAAGGUACUAGAAGGAGAUGGGAUUUCUGUUUCAUCACCGCGGCGAAUGGAAAAAGCGUCAAGUGUCACCCGCCGGGAAGCCCGAGCAGCCAGCAGAGCAGCUGCCGUUGGCCAAGAAAAGCCACCAGAAAUACCUCUUCCAGCUGAACUAAUAAAUGAGGAAAAUUUUUAUUUGAGUAUUGAAAAAGAUUUGACUGCCUUAUUAACUGGAGAAACCCAGCCAGGGUUGUCCCAAAUCACAAAUAAUGGGAGGAAAGAGACUGCCAGAGGGCAGGGGACCGUUGUGGAAAAGCCACCAGGGGCCCACAAAGUAGAGGGAGCCGUUAGUUUUACAGGGGAAAAAUGGUCCGAUCUGGGGAGAAAGCAUCCGGGAUUUGAUCGAGGUACGGUCCACAGGCCUACAGAGCAGGGAAGCUCGAUGGGCCGCUCUGGCAGGAUCAAACAUGUAGGAUUUCAAGGGGUGGAGAUUCUUUGGACAGGGGGAGAGGAGGAAGAAAUGAGACGUUCCUCAGCAGAUGUGGAGGCAUCUGUGGAAAGGACAGCCUUUUCCAAAAACAAGGAGUUUUCCAAAGUAUCAAGCCAUCCCAUUCCAUCUGUGGCUUUCUCUCCUUCAGUCAGGUUGACGGAGGGUGUUUGGGAUGAACCUUGGAAAGAUUCUUCAGAAAGGCUUGGAACUAGAUCAGGGACAUUUUCUCCAGGAGCGCUUGUAGAAGGUGGAGAGGAUGAAGUGUUUUUGAAGGAGAAUGAACAACAUCCUGAAAAGAAGUCUGUGCCAGAGGGGGAAGUGGAAAGGAUUAUUGAUCAAGAGGAAUCAACUCGAGAAGAUGACGAUGUUCUGGGACCUGGGUAUACAGAGGAUUCCACGGAUGUGUAUAGCUCCCAAUUUGAAACCAUUCUGGAUAACACGUCUUUGUACUACAGCGCAGAGUCGCUGGAGACUUUAUAUUCGGAGCCCGAUAGCUAUUUUAGCUUCGAAAUGCCUCUAACGCCCAUGAUCCAGCAGCGCAUCAAAGAAGGCAGUCAGUUCUUGGAGCGGACAUCAGGGCCGCAGCAGGAUGUCCUCAGCGUCUCUGCCGAUGGCGGGAUAAUGAUGGGCUACCCUGGAGAGAUCGCCAAUGGGACUAGCGGGGCUGACGACCCUGGCUACACGAAGGGGGCCCUGCAGAAGCCCUUCUGGGGAAGCAACAAUGUUGGGCUGAAUACUUCCACUCAAGAUCUCCCUGGUGAAAUGGGGAGUACUGAACUUCUGGAAAAAGAAUCCCCUGAAAACCUCAGCAAUGGAACAAACAGCAACUUGGAAGCUGCUAGACGGCUGGCCAAACGUCUUUACCACCUAGAUCAUUUCAAGCGUUCAGAUGUGGCCAAGCAUUUAGGGAAGAACAAUGAAUUCAGCAAACUAGUAGCUGAGGAAUACCUUAAGUUUUUUGAUUUUACAGGAAUGACGCUGGAUCAAUCUCUCAGGUGUUUCUUUAAGGCAUUUUCUCUCAUGGGGGAAACUCAAGAACGAGAGAGAGUUUUAGUUCAUUUCUCCAACAGAUAUUUUCAUUGUAAUCCAGACACCAUUUUUUCAUCAGAUGGAGUCCAUUGCCUCACCUGUGCCAUCAUGCUCCUUAACACUGAUCUACAUGGCCAUAAUAUUGGAAAGAAGAUGACCUGUCAGGAAUUUAUUACAAAUCUCCAGGGUGUGAAUGAAGGCUGUGAUUUUCCUAGGGAUCUGCUGAAGGCUCUCUACAAUUCAAUCAAGAAUGAGAAACUUGAAUGGGCAGUAGAUGAAGAAGAGAAGAGAAAAUCUUCAGAAGGAACUGAUGAAAAGGCUAAUGGAACCCAUCCAAAGACCAUCAGUCGCAUUGGCAGCACCACUAAUCCCUUCCUGGAUAUUCCUCAUGACCCAAAUGCUGCUGUUUAUAAAACUGGAUUUUUGGCUCGAAAAAUCCAUGCAGAUAUGGAUGGAAAGAAGACUUUUGCUGUGCCCUGGAAUGCUUCUCUGAAAAAUAAAGAUUCUUUAUCUCCAAGAGGAAAGCGAGGGUGGAAGACCUUUUAUGCUGUACUGAAGGGAACAGUGCUUUACUUACAAAAGGAUGAGUACAAACCAGAGAAGGCUUUGUCUGAAGAUGACUUGAAGAAUGCAGUUAGUGUGCAUCAUGCGCUCGCAUCCAAGGCCACAGAUUAUGAGAAGAAACCGAAUGUUCUGAAGCUCAAAACAGCUGACUGGAGGGUCCUGCUAUUCCAAGCCCAGAGUCCAGAGGAAAUGGAAUUAUGGAUAAACAGAAUUAAUUGUGUGGCAGCUGUGUUUUCAGCACCCCCAUUUCCAGCAGCUAUUGGCUCCCAGAAGAAGUUCAGCCGUCCACUUCUUCCAGCUACGACAACAAAAUUAUCGCAGGAUGAACAAUUAAAGUCACAUGAAACCAAGCUCAAGCAGAUUUCCACAGAAUUGGCUGAGCAUCGUUCUUACCCACCUGACAAGAAAGUCAAAGCUAAGGAAAUUGAUGAGUACAAACUGAAAGACCACUACCUGGAAUUUGAGAAAUCUCGCUACGAAAUGUACGUCAAUCUUCUAAAAGAAGGAGGCAGGAAGCUCUUGGGCGGCAGCGACAGUGAUGGGAUGGGACUGAAGAAAUCCCACUCAAGCCCAUCCUUGAACCAGGAGGCCUCUCCAGUCAGUGUCAAGGUCAAGCGCAACGUCUCAGAGAGGAAGGACUACAGACCAGAAACACCAAGCAUUAAACAGAAGGUUACUUAGAAUCCGUUGGAGGACAGGAAGCACUGGUCAUGCAGCAAAAUAUUGUUUUUCAAGAUCUUUCUGAUAAUCUGUGGUUCAUAAAAACAAUACCAACAAAUGAUUCUGUGACUAAAUGGUGCAUUAGUAACCCUUUUUCUAUAGUCUAUUUUUUGUUGUUGUUGUUUUCUGUACAUAUUGCCAAGGGUUCCUUUUGCUCCCUAUUUUUCUUUGCUUUGAGAAUUUGCCAUUGGACAACUGAUGCACCUUGUUUUGCAAAGGGAAGGGAAACGCUGUUUCUCCAUGAAUGAUGCGAUCCUUCCCCUUGAAUUUUCUCCUGUUUGCACACUGCUCUCUUGUUUUAUGUAUUCCUCAAGUCAGCUGUUACUUUAAGAAAAAAAAAAGUAAUCCAUUGUAAAAGACUUAACUCGAUGAGCCUUGUAGCCUUAGCUGGAGUUCAUCUAAGUCUGGAAUUAGUAGAAGUCUUUGUAAAUGAAACCUUGCACAGUCACAGAAGUGGAACUGACCACUGGUAGAAGUUAGGGGAAGGGCUCUGACACUGGGAAUGAGGAUUUCCCAACGUAAUGCAGCCUUGAGCGCAUUUUAGCACUUAUCAAGUUCUGAACCUUGCCAGUAGCAGGGGAGUAGACUAAGAAGACUGCAGGGAUUAUUAGUCCUAGACAACUCAUGUUAGCUUACUUGAAACACCCAUUGAGAAGUGGAGGAAAGCAGAGUGAAGUCAUUUUGUCCAGUGAAGAUUAAGGGAAGAUUCAUUUCAAGUUAAUUUUGUUUGCCCAAGAACGGCAGGCAUAGCAGCCAUUGGGGAGCUAUGUUCAUGGUUCCAGUUUUCAUCAUCAGGAACAUGACUGAGAUCUGAGAAGGAACUUGGGAUUCUGCACGGUCCGAUUAUAGCCUUUCAUACUGGCAUUAGGAUAUGUAGAUAUUUGGUUAUUUCUUGGCUGUGUGAACAUGAAGGCAGAAGGGAGAUCUUUGCCCCCAUGUUCAACAGAGUAUUGUUGCAAAUUACUCAUUUUCUUAGGUUUUCACAGAGAAAUGAAUAAACAAGGGAAAAAAAAACUUUACAAAAUAGACAGUUCUCAAGGGGUCUGGAAUGAUAAUCUGGUCUUAAUAACCCAGAAAAAUUGUUUAUGUAUAGUGAAAUCUAGAUCGUAGCUGCUGGAAAUCUGGUGGUUGUAAAUGGGUGACCACUCUUUGCUCAGCUAAUUAUUUUGGUUCCUUUGAUAGGAAACAGAUGAGCAGACCACUUAGCUCAGUACUGCUGUAGCCCCAACGUCCCUUUCCUUAUACUUGGGAUGUCAACAAAGGAAAUUCUUCUCUUCCAGAGCACUCAUUGAGGUUUUCUCAUGUAGUUGUGAAACAUCUUUUGGCAUCCUGAGUCUUCCUGUGGCAUCCCUUUGGCACUCAGGGGAAGAUAUGCACAAGAAAGGGAGGCUUGUAGAGAGAGGGAACAAGAGGGAGACUUUGGCCCACCCUCAAGAAGUAAUCUUCCUCUCCCACACACUUGAGCAGUAGAGUCACAACAAGUGAAAUCAUUAUGAAAUGAGUCACCUUGAAGUGUAAGUACUUUGACCAAAGAAUUAAAUGCUAUGCAAAGGUGGCAUUAUUCUAAGAAAUGAGAAUUAGCUUUAAAAACCAAAACAAUCUUUUUAGAAGAUGGAAUUGACCGGACUUUACAAAUCUUUAAUCCUAGUGGGCUAUUUAUUAAAAUGUAACUUCUGUCAUAUGUGAAGACAAACUGAAUGUUGAUUUGAUGCCUAGGGAGAUGGGAAAACAGGACAGGCUUUAGCUUUUUGAGGCUAUAGCUUCUCAUAUGACAACAGAUCAGGCUUGAGACAAAAGCCCUGUUAACUUAACAUCCCUGUAAAUGGGCUACAUUUUUCUGAAAGCUCCAGAAACUGAACAAAAACAAGUUGGAUUUUAUAGUGGUGUAGCCCAGAGUAUUUUGCUUUUUGUAACUGUUCUCUGAAUCUAUAGGCCCCCAUGAGAUAGGAAGAUCUUCCCCACUCCUGUAACCCUUGGACAAAGACUCUUUCCAUUUGAAUUUCCAGCCUAUUGUCUGCUAUGUAUUUAUCCUAAGCUUAACAUGUUGGAGAGAGGUACCUGGACAAUGCUACUUGUUGGUCUGAGUAACUGAACUCAUAUAAAUUACUCUGCUUGUUGCUUCAAUGUAUGUAUGCAUUCAAUGUGUGUCUUUGUAUAUUGUGUGUUUGUUUGCAUUUUGCUUACAACAUAUGAUACAUAUUAAAUGGUACCUUGCCUACAGUA